GACGGCAGCAGUUCUUCGCCGACACGUAUCCGGCGCUGUCUGCAAGCCACAUCUCAUCACCACAUCGUCUGCAGCAGUUCCGUUUGAUUUCUAUCAAUYCGCAAUUGGCGUUUAUUAUCGUUUCAGUUCAUACAUCGCCCAUAUCCGCUUUUUCUACCGUAUCAUAUCCGGUAAUAUCGGAUAAGGUCUAUUGCGGGUUGACGAGCUGACCCUCGGUCGCCGGCGGGCUUCCAUAAUUGUCGUCAYACAAUUACAUUCACUCAAACCAUCGUAUACUUAUAUCGAGUAAUCCCCCGUGCCUGUACGACUUCCCGCUGACGACGCGGACGUCGCAGUUGCGGCAAUCACCACGACGAGCCGACGACAUGAGAUGCAGUUGGCCGCCAGACGGAUCCGAUGGUUGUGUUUGUUGUGCGCGUGCGCGCUGGCCGAUCAACGCGUCAACACCGCGAACAACGACACUGCACAAACAGGGUUGGGAGAUCAGUGUUUCCAAGACGACACGUGUCAGUUGCAUGACAAGCACGCGGUGUGCGCACAGGUGGACCACAACGCAAUAUGCAAGUGCAAACAGGGCUACCACAUCGUUACCGUUUCCAGGCCUACCAACGCCAGGAGCAGUUUUUGCGCCCAAGACGAUUCGGACGGCAAAGCUGGCGGUUCGUCGCUGCUCGGCGUCGUGGUCGGCCUGCUAGUGUUCUCGGCGCUCAUCUGUUUCGGGCUGCGCCUGUCCACGGCMUCCAGACCUCGGCAUUUCCCGACCACCAACUUAUAUCCGAACAAGCUGCUGUGCUCACGUCAAACUAAGGCAUCUUCGAGCAAACAUUACGGCACGUCAGACUCUGCGGCGGCCAAUGGCCAACAAGAAGAUGAGAGUAGUGUCGGUCAAUCGGAGGCCAAAGACGAUGAGACCAACAGGGUUGGAGCUGCCAGGGCAGCUGCUUUCAUAUUGAUCUCUUGCCGGCCAUCUACGUCGGAGUCACCAACGGCCUCGCCGGGCAGGACAAAAAGGGCAAAAAAAUUGGGUUAUGGCCGCACUGGCAGCGAUCCAGCUGUGCACAGCACAUCAUCAGUGAAAACAUACAACUUGAAAUGGUAUCAAAGGGACCAGCAGAGAAGGCAUUCGACAAAGAACAGAGAAGCAAAAGGCACUCCACCUAGUCAUUGUUCGACCGAACAACUAAUACAAAAUAGCUCUAAAUWWUACAACUGUUAA